CCGUAGCUAGAACACAUUCUAACGAAAGCUCAAACAGCAAACAAGCAGCAAGCACAGCUUCAACAAAUACAACAACAAUAUGAAAUUCUUUGCAACCAUCGCACUCGCUUUGGCGCUUUUCGGCGCAUUAGCCACAGCUUAUCCACAAUCACUGGGUGGCUCGUUGAGCAGCAAUCCGAAUGGUGGCGCCGAUGCCAGACUGGAGCUGGCGAAAGGUAUUGGUACCCCGGAUCACAAUGUGAUUGGCAAAGUUUUCGCAGCGGGCAAUACAAAUGGCGGCCCGGUGGCCACUGGUGGAUCCUUGGCUUACAAUAAUCAUGGCUUUGGCGCUGGUGUCUCAAAGACUCACAUUCCCGGCGUACGCGACACUUUCAGUCAGAGCGUCAAUGCGAAUCUCUUCAACAACGGCGUGCACAGCUUGGAUGCCAAUGCUUUUGCCUCGCAAAACAAAUUGGCUAACGGUUUCAAGUUCGAACGCAACGGCGCCGGUUUAGACUACUCGCACAUCAAUGGGCAUGGCGCCAGUUUGACCCACAGCAAUAUACCAAACUUCGGUCGGCAAUUGGAAUUGGCUGGUAAGGCGAACCUGUGGUCAUCGCCCGAUCGUAAUACCCGCCUGGACUUAACUGGCAGCGGUUCGAAGUGGUUGAGUGGACCGUUGAGCGGACAGAAGGACUUCAGCGCCGGCUUGGGUCUGACACAUUUGUUUGGUUAAAUGUAAAAACAGAGGGGUUCGAAGAGGAUGUGGGGGAAGAUAUAUGCUUAAUACUUUGUUCGAAGAAAUGUUGUUAAGAAAUUGAAAUUUAUGUCGAACGUAGCGUUUAAUCUGUAUUUCAAAUUAAAUAAUUUAUUACAAAAUAAAAUUGAUUUUAAAAAGUAAA